CAGUCUUUCAAUUUUGGCCAUGCUCAGGUUCAACUUAUAGAAGCUGCCACUUUGGCUUAAAUUUCUUGUUUACUUCUACAGUUCAAAAAAACCAAUUCUUGCAACAAUUUUCCUUAAUUUCUCUAAGCUUUUCGUAGUAAAAUCUUGGACCCUUUUCAAAAUUGUCGUUUAUGUGACUUCCAUUAGUCACUGAAGCUUUUUGGUCGAAGAUAAAUAUUGGGUAUAAUUUUAUGUGUUUGUUCUGAUAGUUAGAGUGAGUCAAUUUCUAGUAAGAUGGCAUUGACAUUCCUUAGAGGGAUACAGCUUAACCCUUCUAUGUUAUACCCAUCUUCAUAUUUUGCAAGAAAACAUGGUGUUUUGUAUUGUUGUAUGAGAAGUGCACAAACUGCUACCCAAGAAAAGGAACAGACCAAGUUGAAAGUUUCCACACAAAGCCAACCUAAAGCAGUUGAUAAAUUUCUGAAGGAUUUUGAGGCAGUUAUAGGUAUAGAAACACAUGUUCAACUUUCCACUCGUACUAAGGCCUUUUGUGGCUGCCCUUACAACUAUGGUUCUCCACCAAAUACUAGUGUUUGCCCUGUUUGUAUGGGUUUGCCUGGUGCAUUGCCAGUUUUGAACUCAAAGGUGAUUGAGUGUGCAGUAAGAGUUGGCCUUGCACUCAAUUGUAAACUGUCUUUGAAUUCCAAAUUUGAUAGGAAGCAGUACUUUUAUCCUGACCUUCCGAAAGGGUAUCAAAUAUCACAGUUUGAUAUCCCAAUUGCUAGUGGUGGUUUUCUUGAUGUGGAUCUUCCACUCGAGUAUGGCGGUGGCCAUAGAAAGUUUGGCAUUACCAGGGUACAUAUGGAAGAAGAUGCUGGGAAGCUGCUUCAUACCGAUGGUGGGAGUUACUCGCAGGUUGACUUAAAUAGGGCUGGAGUUCCGUUGUUAGAAAUUGUUUCUGAACCAGAUAUGAGAACUGGUAUUGAAGCUGCAGAAUAUGCUGCAGAAUUGCAAAGGUUGGUCAGGUAUCUUGGAGUGGGUAACGGAAAUAUGCAAGAAGGAUCACUUCGCUGCGACGUCAAUAUUUCAGUUCGUCCUAUUGGGCAGUUAGAGUUUGGUACAAAGGUUGAAAUUAAGAACUUGAACUCCUUCUCAUCGAUGAGUAGGGCCAUUGAUUAUGAAAUUUCAAGACAGGUGCAACUACAUAACCAAGGCCAGCUUGAUCAAAUUGUACAGGAAACUCGUCUAUGGGAGGAAGGUGCUCAGAAAACAGUAACCAUGCGGAAAAAGGAAGGGCUUGCUGACUAUCGUUAUUUCCCUGAACCUGAUCUUCCUGGAGUUACUCUCACCGAGGAGUAUGUGGACAGUAUCCGUGAGUCAUUGCCUGAACUUCCAGAAGGUAAGCGUCGGAGGUACGAGAAAAUGGGCCUAAGCAUGCAAGAUGUCCUAUUUCUCGCCAAUGACAUUACUGUUGCAGAUUUUUUUGAUGCGACACUCACAGGAGGUGCUGAUGUAAAACUUGCUGCCAAUUGGAUUAUGGGUGAUAUUGCUGCGUACAUGAAAAAUGAAAAAGUGACUAUCAAUGAGAUUAAACUUACCCCUCAAGAACUGGGGGAGCUCAUAGCUUCCAUUAAAGAUGGGACUAUCAGUGGAAAGAUUGGGAAGGAGAUUUUAUUUGAGUUAAUCGCCAAGGGUGGAACAGUCAAGGGACUGAUAAAAGAAAAGGAUCUGGUUCAGAUUGUUGACACUGCGGAGAUUGAGAAAAUGGUAGAUAAGGUGAUUGCAGAUAAUCCAAAGCAGCUAGAACAAUAUCGUGGUGGUAAAACUAAAUUGCAAGGUUUUUUUGCUGGCCAGGUGAUGAAAGAAUCCAAAGGCAAAGCAAAUCCAAAACUUUUGAACAAAAUUCUCUUAGAAAAAUUAAAUGCCAAAAGCUGAUGUUGACUGUUAUCUGAUCAUGUAUGUAGUUCUUUCUUUUCCUGGUCCAUUUAUGCAUCAUUAGACAUUUGCUUCCCUCUCUUAUCAUAUUGCGUAAGUUCCGUUUGGAUGGCGUAACGAAUGUUACCAUCUGCAAUGUGAUUUGAGCGAUUGGCUAUUGAUGAACAAGCGGCAUAUUUUAAUUGGUCAUAAUCUUGAUAUCUCCAAUAACAAGUGGACACACCCGAAACGUGCUUCUAGAUCACUUGCAUAUCAUCAGAACCGAGGAAGACAAAUUUGGCAGAGUUAGGCUAGGUCACUACUUUCAAGAUUCUUUUUGAACGAGUUCUGAAUAAGUACAACCUUUGGUGUAAUUCAAGCUUCUGAUUUAUGUAUAUCACGGGGGAAUAAGCUACUUGUUAGUGCAAUUGCAGCUGUCACUUUCUUCCUUCAAGUGUAACUAAUGCAUGCACUUUGCAAUGGAUUCAGUGUCAUUUCCAUAUUUCUGUUGAUGAAGCUAUGGUUCUGACUUCUGAGA